ACUUCCUGUUUUUGCUCGGGAUCGGCAACGUGGGUCCAGCGUAGCUCGUCGGUGUGUUGUACCAGCAUCAGUGUUAUGUUCAUUUUCUACAAUGCAGGUUUCCAGCGUGAACGAUGUGAAAAUUUAUAAUCUGAGCUACGGGAAAUCUCUUCCAGAGUGGCUGUCCGACCGGAAGAAAAGACAGCUGCAAAAGAAAGAUGUUGAAAUUCAGCGCAGGAUUGAGCUCAUCCAGGACUUUGAGAUGCCCACAGUGUGCACCUCCAUCAAAGUGUCCCGGGAUGGUCAGUUCAUCCUGGCAGCAGGUACUUACAAACCAAGGGUUCGCUGUUAUGACACCUACCAGCUGUCCCUGAAGUUUGAGCGCUGUCUGGAUUCAGAUGUUGUGGCCUUUGACAUCCUGUCUGAGGACUACUCUAAGCUGGUGUUUCUGCACUGUGACCGCUACGUAGAGUUUCACUCGCAACAUGGACACUACUAUAAGACUCGUAUUCCCAAAUUUGGACGGGACUUUUCCUACCACUAUCCCUCCUGUGAUCUCUACUUUGUGGGGGCGAGCUCAGAGGUUUUCAGACUGAACCUGGAGCAGGGACGUUUCCUUAACUCACUUCAGACUGAUGCUGUGGAGAAUAACGUGUGCGAUAUCAACCCCAUCCACCAUUUGUUUGCAACAGGAUCCGCUGAGGGACGGGUUGAGUGCUGGGACCCCCGAGUCCGGAAUCGCGUGGGCAAGCUGGACUGCGCCCUGAGCAGCCUCACCGAAGGAACGGAAAUUCAAGCUUUGCCGUCCAUCAGUGCGCUGAAGUUUAACGGCUCCCUCACCAUGGCGGUCGGCACCAGCACCGGGCAGGUGCUGCUGUAUGACCUGCGCUCCAGUCAGCCGCUUCUGGUUAAAGAUCACUUCUACAACCUGCCAAUCAACUCCCUCAACUUCCACAAUCAGCUCGACUUGGUUUUGUCUUCUGACUCCAAGAUCAUAAAAAUCUGGAACAAAGACACUGGAAAGUUGUUCUCCUCCAUAGAGCCUCAGACCAACAUCAACAGUGUUUGUGUCUACCCCAAUUCAGGUAUGCUCUUCACUGCCAAUGAAGAUCCCAAAAUGAACACAUUCUACAUCCCAGCUCUGGGUCCAGCACCUCAGUGGUGCUCCUUCCUAGACAACCUAACAGAGGAGCUGGAGGAGAGCCCAGAGAGCACAGUGUAUGAUGACUACAAGUUUGUCACCCGGAAGGACCUGGAAAAUCUGGGUUUGUCCCACCUGAUCGGAUCAUCUCUCCUGAGAGCAUACAUGCAUGGUUUCUUCAUGGAUAUAAGGCUUUAUCACAAGGUGAAAAGCAUGGUCAAUCCUUUUGCUUACGAGGAGUAUCGCAAGGAUAAGAUCCGCCAGAAGAUUGAGGAGGCCCGAACCCAGAGAGUUCAGGUUAAGAAGCUGCCAAUGGUGAACAAGGAGUUGGCUCUUAAACUGAUGGAGGAGGGUGAUGAUGAGGCGGUGGCGGCUUCCAGGAAAAAGAAGGGCAAAGCUCUCCCCAGCAUCCUGGAAGAUGAUCGUUUCAAGGUGAUGUUUGAAAACCCAGAAUACCAGGUGGAUGAGCAGAGUGAAGAGUUCCGCCUGCUCAACCCCAUCGUCUCCAAAGUCAGCCAGAAAAGGAAAAAGAAGCUCCGACUGCUGGCUCAGCAGGCUGCCGUGUCCGAACAGGUGCCUGAAGACAACGAUGAGGAGCCAGAGGGGCGAGCCAGCUCCGAGGAGGAGAGCUCCGACGAUGACAAGAGCUGGGUGGAGGAGGUCAGGGAGCAGCGGAAGUUGCUUCGGCAGGAAGACAGAGACCGCCGGCGGCAGGAGAGGAAGGACGCAGACCGCAACACUGUCCUUGUGGAACGGGAGCGGAACGGAGGAGAAGAAACCUCAAACGGGGCUGAGAGCAAGAAGACGAGUCAGCCACAGUUUUAUCAGAUCAAAGCUGGAGAGGAGUUCAGAAGCUUUAAUGACAUGGCCCGCAAGCAGAAACUACAGAAGACUUCUCUGGAGGACCGGCUGAAGUUAGAGGAGCACUCCGAAAUCAGCAACAUGGCUGACAAUGCAGUGGGCAGCAAACAGCUGACCUUCACUCUCAAAAAGUCAGAGCAACAGAAGAAGCAGCAGCAAGCUGAGCGGGAGCACCACGAAGAGAGGAAGAAGCUGAGGCGCUCAGCUGGACACUUGAGCAGCGGCCGCGGGAGAGGCUGGGGCGGCAGAGGACGAGGCCGCCACUGACUGAUGCCUAACCAGCAGAAACCUUGCCCUGAAGUCAGAGUUGUAUAGUUUGUCCCAUUAAAUCAGCUCUGGCAGUCGUCUUCAAGUGUAGAAGUAUUGUACUGACUUUAAGCUUUUAAUCAGUGCUGGGAAGGCUGGAGACGUGCUGCAGAGACUGGUACUGCUGAACAGACGAGCCUGUCCCUCUCCUGGGUGGUCUGGGUCAUGUGUUUACCUGCUCUCUGCUAAUUCAGAGCAUAUUAAGAAAGAAGAGAUUACCCAUGUCGCUGUCUGUAUGAAUAUAAUGCCGGGCCAUUAUCCAUAAGUACUCUGACUGCAUAUAUUUUAUGAGGAGGAGUUAAACACAAAGAGCUGAGAGGACUUGACAUGAGCUGCUUUCUGUGGCGUCUAGUUUCUUAAAGUGGCUCCUCUGUGGAGCCUAUUUCAACUAAUGAGGGGAGGACUGGAACGUGUGGAAUAAAAGUUUCAUUUUUUUAUUGAUGCUGUUUAAUAUUAAUGCAUAAACAUUGUUAAACCAACACUGGAUUAACAACAUUUGUACUUAAUUAUAUUAUAUUUGGUACAUUUGCCUGUCUGCAUUGUUUUUAUUGUUGAAAAUCAAAAUAUAAAAUCAUCUGCUGGAAUACUCUGGAAAAAUGGAGCAUCCUUCCUUUGCAGCAGAUUACUCCCUGCUUGCGUCAGAAAUAGAAAAGGAGGAGAAUAAUGUGAAUGAGGAGACUUUUUUUCCCCCCUCUUACCCCAAAACAACUGCAGUUCUUGGAAAUGGGAUUUUCCUGUGAGUUGUUCCCAUCCCCCAGCCUGCUGAUGGUGUGAACCCCCUCUGUUCCAGUAAUGGCUCUUUUCAAAUGUGAAGAAGGGCUGUUUUCUGCACCCAGCAUGCUAACCCCAACCAUUUGAUGUUGCCACGCCUCUCCACCACAAUCCAUCAGGUUUGUGACAGUUUGGAGAGUACCUCAUGCAAGAGAAAUCCAGCAAAUUAGCAUUUCAUAUACAUAGUUGCCCCUGAAAAUUUGCUUCAGAAGCCUGGCGUACUGUACUCGGUGUGUAGAGCAACCCUUAAAGGAGUAGUUAUCAGGGUUUUUAUUGUUAACUGAAAGUGAUUUAACUUGGAAAAAUAGACUUGAGAGGAAAAAAGCGUAUUGUGUACUAACAUGACUAAAAUUUGUCACACUUUUUUUUCCAGUUUCAGCUCAUCAAAUAAGACAAAAUAAUGUGAAUAAAUACAAAAUGAACUUUUUAAAUGAUUUCAGCUAUUUAAAGGAAAAGGUCAUGUAUGCUGAAUGUCAGUACUGCUGAAUAACCCAAGUGCACUUGAGCUUCAGGGCUCAAAACUUUGGGGGAUCAUCAAGAUGUUUUCUGGUAAAUGUGAGUCGAGCCUUUGUGUUCUUUUCGGUCAGCAGUGGUUUUCUCCUUGGAACUCCAUGGUUGACAUUUUGCCAUUUGUCUCUUUCUUGUUGAAUCAUGAGUUCUGACUCAAGUGAGGCCUGCAGUUCUUUAGAUGUUAUUCUGGGUUCUCUUGUGACCUUCUGGAUGAGUCGUUGAUGUGCAUGAUGUGUUGCUUUUUGAGAUCUUUCAGCCUGCUUAACUCUGUCAGGUUUAGGUUUAGCUUUAGGUGGCUGAGACCUCUGUGGAUCAGAUUUGUUACUGUGUAGAACGUUUCAAAGCUUGGUCAACAUCCGGUGAUCAGUUUCAUGUGGUCUGAGCUUUUCAUGAGCAGUUUUUCUGCUACAGACAGAUGCAGUAUCCUGGUGGGGGGGAGACCACUGCUGUUGGGGAGUGCAAUGAGCUUGUUUCCUUGCUCUACAGUAAUGUUUAGGCAGCUGGUAUAUUCAACGUAACAUCCACAUUAAUGUCUGGACCUGAGGUUUUUCAGCAGGAACAAAACUGGCAGUUUACUAGCUUUUUUUUUUCUCCAUAAAAGAAUUGUUUUUGUUAUACAGUUUUUUUUUUUUUUAUAGUUCAGUCAAACUACACGUGAAUUGUUAAUUUGACCAGAGUUGUUUUUAAGGGGAUUUUGAUGCCUCUCUAGGGAGCUGGUUUUCUGUCCCCUGUACAUAUGAAAAAUGAUAUCAGUGUUUUCACAUCUAACUCCGAGCAAUACCUCCUCAAGAUAUCAAAUUAUGAAUGUCCCCUUUACUUGAAAUGAGGACGCGCUCCUUUAAUCCUGUCACUUUGUAAACAAAUCUAGGUUUAACACACUUAUAAACCUUUCCAGGAUCAACAGAAGGCUUUGGGCUUGUGUAAGUGAAUGAGAAAGGCUUGGUGACGAAGCUUCAGUCCAAUUUACUCCUUUGUUUGGGGGCAUGAGUGACAUUUCU